AUGUCGGCCAACGUCUGGGUGGGCAGCUGGAGGCCCCACCGCCCACGGGGCCCCAUCGCGGCUCUCUACAGUAGCCCCGGACCCAAGUACGGGCUCCCCACCAACGUCGGCUACCAUCUGCACGACCCCUCCCGCGGCCGUGCUCCCGCUUACAGCUUCGGGGUGCGCACAGGGGGGCGGCAGGAGGACCGCUCCCCGGGACCAGCAUACAUGCUGCCCCCCGGGACCACCGCCAAGGGCAAGGACGGGACCCCCGCUUUCUCCAUCUAUGGCCGCCCCCGUGACCUGCCGCCCAUCCGCACCCCUGGGCCAGGCUGCUACUCCCCGGAGAGGGCCGGCAGGUUGGCCUUCCCCUCCGCGCCCGCCUGCUCCCUCCGCUCGCGCACCAGGCACGGCACCAGCCACCAGACGCCGGGCCCUGCUGCCUAUGGGCUGCCCCCCAUGCUGGGUCCCCGCGUGGUGAGCAAGAGCUCGGCCCCCAACUACUCCAUUCCGGGGCGCAGCAACGUCGGCGCCUUCUACGAGGACCUGUGCAAGACGCCGGGGCCCUGCAGCUACCGCGUGGUGGACGCCGACGUCUACAAGCGGCGGGCGCCGCAGUACAGCAUGCUGGCGCGCAACCCCCUCCCCGGGGACAACACCACCAAGCCGGGACCCGGCGCCUACAGCCCCGAGCAGCAGGGCCGGCAGCAGGGGCUGACCUUCGGGAUCCGGCACUCGGAGUACCUGACUCCCCUCAUCGUGGAUGUGCCCGACUAG